AUUCCUUGGCUAUCUCCCUUUGUUAUCGUUUCUGGACGGUAUCAUGAGACAUGUGGCUUACGAAGAUCAGUACAGAGCAUCUUUUAUGCCCUGUAGAUAUAUUAUAUGAGAGCAGCCUACAUCUAUCUGUACGUCUUACCUUUUGGAUAGUGGUAAACUGCUUACCUACGCUGAGAUCCAAAGACUACGGUCUACCUACCUCUGGGACGACCUUGCCAUUUUCACCGCUGCUCUUCGUCAAUAAAAAUCAAAGUCACCAGCCAUGGCUCUAGAUGCUGACCUCUUCCGUCCCGGUUCGUGUGCCAUGCGUCUCACACACAUCGAUACACUCUCCUCGCGCUCCAAAACAUCGCUGAUCAAAUCCAUUGCUACCGACAUCUCCGCAACGUUCAUCUACAUCGCCAAGCAAGCGGAGGCCGGAAAUCUCAGCGCAAUCCACACGGGCCCUAUCAACGAUGUCAUUGGGACCAUCAAAGACACGGAAGUUGCGCAUCGGGAAGCGCUCGAGCGGAAACUGGCGCGGUACAAGAGAGUUGAACGACGGUUGAGGAGGGAGCGGAAGUGGAUGAAACGUGAGCUUAUGGGUUUGACCAAGAAGGCGGACGCAGUAGUCGAGGACUGGAAAACAAGAGUGCAUGGUGUGAGCAAGGAGCUGGAAGAGACGAGGAGAGAGCUAGAGUUUGUGGGGGAGAAGUAUGCUCUGUUGAAGGCGGCAGAACAGACCAGGGCCAGGAACCAGGAGAGUGGCGAGGAAGAGCAGAUCCCGCCAGGACAUGUUUGAACCGGUCAGGAUCCGUUCUCGAAUGUCGUGGCAAACCCCGUCUCAUAUACCAUACUCCGUAUGUCUAUCUUUGAUUCUGCUGCGGAUGCCCACCUCGCUGCAAUUGCGUCCAAU